AUGGAUUCUGUCUUCUCCCUUGGUGAAGGAGACCGUGCCAUCUUUCUCCAACACUUGGUUCAGUCUUUUGGUUGCACUUACAUCUGCCUCUGGUCGUACGAUCCCCAGCCGUCCAUUUGUUUAAGGUACCGAGAUGGAUACUACCACGAAAGAAGUAAUAACCAACAGCCAAGUACAUCAUCAGGAAGUCUUGCUCACAGACGCUUCAUUGAAUAUGGGCAAUCAAUCAUCAUUGUUGACAGCAGCCACAUUCCAGGAUUGGCUUUUCUGAACAAUCGUCCUUACAUGGAGCUUCAGUUGGCCGAUCUUCGCAGGAUGGCUUCCACUGAAACUCAACGCUUAUUCUAUGAGGAAGCUGGGAUCAAGACAGCCAUAUUUAUGGGGUGCAACGCUGGGGAGAUUGAGCUUGGGUUUUCUGACGGCUCCCAGGUCAAUAUGGAAUUGGAGAUGAGGAACUUGUUCCCUGUUGAUUUCUCUCGACCAUUAUUAGAUCCAACAACAACCAGAGAUCAGCUUCCCCAGCAGCUAAGCACUACUGAUCAGAACCGGCCUGCCUCAUCUUCAUCAUCCUUAAGGUCUUUAUCAUACGAUAGCCCCGAGUACUCUCCCCUCCUGUUUGAUAUGCCAGCCACUUCUUACCUCGUCCCUGAACCACAACGAGAAGCAAUGAUUCAACAGGCUUUAGGAUCAGCUCAUCGGCCAGUAUUUUCACCAACCGCUGCUAGUCCACACCAGCAAGCUAUCAGGGCCUUGAAUCAAAUCAGAAACAUUCAGUUACCGACAAUUGAGAGCGAAGAUGCUGCAAUGACAGAAGCCAUGAUUGCUGUCAUAUCAUCUAGUGCUUCUCCUUCAUCAUCUGUUCAACAACCCCAACAAAAUUUCCCGCCUAAUUACCGAGUAAAUGGAUCACAUGCUAGUGCAUUCAGAAGGUACAGGCCAUCCUUAGCCCCCAGGCUGCCAACUUCGUCCAGAAUCCAAGGGGAGAAUGUGCUCAAAAGAUCAAUCACGUUUCUCAGAACCUUAAACUCAAUGCGAUCUCAAGUACAAAUGCUAGCAGGCCGGACAUCAAGCACUCUGCAUCAUAUGAUAUCAGAGAGAAGAAGACGAGAAAAACUCAAUGAAAGCUUUCAGGCAUUGAGAUCACUGCUUCCUCCUGGAACCAAGAAGGAUAAAGCCUCGGUGCUAACGAGUACAAGGGAGUACUUGAGUUCUUUGAAAGAUCAAGUUGCUGAACUUAGUAAAAGGAACCAUGUAUUAGAGGCACAACUUUUGCCAAAAAUGUCUGCAGCUAUUGAGGAAACAAGUAGCGGUGUCUCGUCCGUCGAGAGGGUUGAGGUGCAGAUUAGAGAUGUUGGUGCAUCCACAUCAGCAUCAUCAUCAUCAUCAUCAUCAUCAAGAAUUGUGGACUUGCAAGUGAUAUUGAGGGCUGAAGUUAGCAUGGUAGAUUUAGUGGUUCGUUUGCUGGAGUUCUUGAAAAUUGAUCAAAAUGUAAGCUUAAUGUCUGUAGAAGCCAACACAAGAAUGGCAGAACCAACUUCCGUAAGCAACGUAGUUUUGAUGAGGCUGAGAAUUGAGGAAGGUGAAUGGGACGAGUCUGCCUUCCAAGAAGCCAUAAGGAGGGUUCUUAAUGACCUUGCGCAGUGACUAAUGCCACCAAACCAUCUCAUGACACUUGUAUUACUUGUGCCAAAUUACGUAAAGUUUUUCCCAUGAUUUAGAGACCGGCGGCUCCCGUAGACCUCAGCUGGAGAUUGGGGGUGGUUGUUGGUCAUCUUUUUCCCAGCUAACAAAUCAAGCAGCAAACCGGGUAAAGGUAGCAGAGAGAUUGUAGAAGAGUUUGAUUCAUCUUCUAGCACUCGUCACAAUUUUGGUAGCCAACAAAAUCUUGAUACGAAUUUACGAGCAAAGCUUCCCUUAAGGAAGCCAGGCUGAAGUAUAGACAAUGACUGGAUGAUCUACGUGCAAAAGUUUGUCUUUUUUUUUUUUGGAAAACUAUCUCUUGUAACU